AUGCACCGCAAUAGCCCUACCCUGACCUUAAUUGGCUGGGGUAGUCUGGUCCUCCAGGUUGGGGGUUGUUACGAUGCUAACCACCCAUCUAAUGUAAAAAACGUCUUGGUUAAGAAACCACCAAAAAACAAGCCUUGGAUAUGGAUUGAUAAAAUAGAUAAACAACUGGAACAAGGAAAUGGAAUAAAUUUGGGAUCAUGGAACGUUAGAACUUUAAACACACCAGGUGCACUGCAAUAUGUUUUAGAUACAGUUAGAUCAUAUAAAAUACAAUUAUUAGCCUUGCAAGAAGUUAGAUGGCCUAAUAAAGGAAGCGUAACUAAAGAAAAUAUGACCUUAUUCUACAGUGGAACAGAUAAUGGAGCACAAGAAAAUGGAGUAGGCAUCAUAGUACAUGAUUGCUUACUACCGCACGUUAAAAUCUUCGAACCAGUAAAUGACAGAAUAUGUUAUAUACUCUUAAAGGGAAAAUAUUUCGAUAUUGCAGUAAUUUCUUGCUACGGUCCAACUGAAGAAAAAGAAGAUGAAAAAAAGACAAAUUUUAUGAGGAAUUAG